AUGGAGGCCCUCAAUGCUGCAGCUUUGACCCCUCUGUCUGUGCUCUCUGAUACAAAGACAACAAGAAAACAACCUCUAGUUUCUGCAUGCAAGGGAUCAUCAAGCUUUUCCACCUUAACCAGCAAGAAACCAACGUUGCUGCAAAGUUGCUUAUCAAAAAGUUUUCAUGGGGGAUUGCUUCUUGCAGCUUCAGUUGUGAGUGGUGAUGUUGCCUCAGCUUUGACGUACGAUGAAGCACUGGGGCAACCUUUGAGCUUCCCCGGUUCUGGAGACUUUGAUGUAAGUGGUUUUGUGGAGAGUGUUACUGGCUUUGCAGCUGAGAAUCCUGCAAUUGUUGCAGGGGGAGUGGCUAUUCUGGCUCUGCCAUUGAUUUUGUCUCAGGUUUUUAAGAAGCCUAAGGCGUGGGGUGUUGAGUCUGCUAAGAAUGCAUAUGCAAAACUUGGGGCUGAUGAAAAUGCUCAGUUGCUUGAUAUUAGGGCUCUGGUGGAGAUUAGGCAAGUGGGGUCCCCAGAUGUUGGGGGUCUGAGGAAGAAGGCAGUGUCAAUAGCUUAUAAGAGUGAUGACAAGCCAGGGUUCCUCAAGAAGCUUGCAUUGAAGUUUAAGGAACCAGAGAAUACCACAUUGUUUAUUCUGGACAAGUAA